AUGGGAGCAGGUGCGUCGGUUGGACAGGACGACGUCCUUGCCAUCGUCCGCGAGGAAACAGCAGCUGGCGCCGAUCAGCAACUGCCGGACGAAGAGGUGUUUGCCAAGAUCCAAGCGCGUAUUCAGCUCCUAAAUGAUGAGCUACCCGAUUCGGCCCGGACCCUUGACGAAGCGAGCGACAAGGUUGUCCAGAUGUCGGACGACCCGAGUUUGCAGGCAAGCCCAAGCAACCCGUCGCUGGGCAAACUCUCGUCCCUAAGCUACGUCGAUGUGACGUCUGCGACCCAGCAAGAACACGUUCGUCAAGUGAGCCAAAGCAUGAAGACCAUUCCAACGACGCUCAAGCAAGACCACACCAAGUACCGUCGACCGACAAUCACGCGCGAGCUUGUGGAAGAGCUCUCGAUGGCCUUUACGAUCGACGUGCUUGUGGACCCCGCCACGUUCAAGCUCCUCGUCGCCUUUGCCAAGGACAUUCCGCUGGCUGUGGAUCGCCUCCACUUUUGGGCUGACGUUCAAAACUACCGGUCGCUACCGAGUGCCCAGUACACAGACCGCAUGCUCAAGAAAAUCUACGAAAAAUUUGUCAGUCCGUCUGCGGCGACCCCAAUUUGUGUCCCGACACAGAUGCUCGCGGACUUGCGUGCAUUGUACGAGGCACCGGGCGGUAUCCAGUCGGCAGGAACGUUCAAUGAGGCGCAAGCGCUAUGCAAGCGGGACCUGGAGAAGGACGUGUUUCCACGAUUCCGCAAGCACGCACUUUUCCAGAAUAUGGUGUCGCUUUGCGAGCAAGAGGGUGACCGCCACCCUUCGGCGCGCUCGUGCGUUGGGCAGCCCGACGCGCUUCCGCUGGACGUCGACUCAAGCUACAGUUUUGAAGCCGUCUUGAGCGACGAGACCAAGCUGCGCUUCUUCAAGACCUACUGCAUCGAAUCGCGCACUGCGGAGAACCUCGUGUUUUACUGCGAGGUCGAGGAAUGCAAGCGCCUACCCAACCAGUCGUACAUCCAAGCGCGUGCGCGCAAAAUCUACGACACGUACAUCAAGGAAGGUGCCAAGCGAUUCAUCAACUUAUCUACGGCGAUGCACGAAGAGAUGACGGCCAAGAGCGAGGGCACGUUUGACCCCAUUAUGUACCAUGACGCACAGUACAUGGUCGUCGAGUACAUGCGCCUGGAACUUUGGGGUCCCUUCAGUCACUCGCCAGAGUACCUAGCCUACACGCAGCAGCAAUCGACGUCAACGUCGGGGCCCCAGCACUGGGAUCCUUACCACCCAGCCAUCACAGAGGAACAAAUGCGCGUGCUCAUGGCGCAGCUCGAUAAGACUGACCCGACAGAACUAUACAAUCGGGCGAUGGCUAUCCCAGUUUCGGCGCUUGCAAACGUCGGAAAGGCGAGCUCGGUCCAGGUCGACCCGGUCGUUAUGCUGCUUCACGACAAGAUUGCACACCGAGCGUUCAAGGCAUUCCUGGGCAAGCGCGCCAAGGACCAUUGUGUCGCGUUUAUCGAUGAAGUGGACGAGUUCAACACGCUACCAGGCAUUGAAUUUAUGCACCACACGGCCAAGAAGCUCUACAAAAAGUACGUUGCCGAGUCGGCCAAGCUUCAAGUCGACAUGAGCACCAAGCUGCGUCAAGACAUUGUUGCGAAGCUCUCGUCCCCAACCAUCGACAUGUUCAAGCCUGUGGUCGCUCACGUCAAGCAGGGGCUUCUGCGCGACUCGUUGCUACGAUACUUCAAGUCCUCGACGUUUGCGGAGCUCAAGCUUGGCACGACCGACCCUCAGUUGGGAUCGGAGAUCGCUGCCGCUUCAACACAACACGUCGCAGGCAUGCUGGAGAUGCCUCACUUGGAGGUGAUUUUGGCCAACCCGCAGUAUGUCGGCAACUUCAAGAAGUUUCUUCGCUCGCAGCACUGCGUCGAAAACCUCAUCUUCUACGAAGAGGUCGAGGAAUUUCGGCGUCUGCCAUCGUACCAAAUUGUGCUGCGGAGUGCGAAAAAGAUCAUCGACAAGUACAUCAAUGUCAACACGUCGCGGCACCCUAUCCAGCUGCCCGAACACCUCCAUGACGCGAUCGUGUCCAACUUGAACCAGGCGGACAAGACGUACUUCACAGACGCAGUCCAAGAGGUGAUGGAAUCGCUUCGCACCCAGGACGUGCCCGACUUUCUCGACUCGUCCGGAUUUCUGGCACUCGUGGGCUCGUGGGUGCUCAUGGACGAGCAGUACGCGAUCCGGCAGCUCAUUGGAGAUCUCGAGCUCGCGUACUUUCGCCACCGACUGUACCAAUCCCAGGGAAAGCCGAAAUCAGUGCGCUAG